AUGGACACCUCCCCAGUCGGCGUGCUCCUGUCCUUGCUCGUCCUGCUCCAGUUGGCGGCCGGGGCAGACUCCCUGAGACCCGGGGCGCUGCUGCGGGACUGCCCGGAGCAGUGUCAGUGCGAAUCUGACGGCAGGAUGUUGCUCAAGGUGGACUGCUCAGACCUGGGGCUCUCGGAGCUGCCCUCCAACCUCAGCGUCUUCACAUCCUUCUUGGACCUCAGUAUGAACAACAUCAGUCAGCUGCCCCCGGAACCCCUGCACAGUCUUCGCUUCCUAGAGGAGUUACGACUUGCUGGAAAUGCUUUGACUUAUAUCCCCAAAGGAGCAUUUGCUGGCCUUUACAGUCUUAAAGUUCUUAUGCUGCAGAAUAAUCACCUGAGACAAGUACCCACUGAAGCUCUACAGAAUUUGCGAAAUCUUCAGUCCCUGCGCCUGGAUGCCAACCACAUCAGCUACGUCCCCCCCAGUUGUUUCAGUGGCCUGCAUUCCCUGCGCCACCUUUGGCUGGAUGACAAUGCUUUGACGGAAAUCCCUGUCCAGGCUUUCAGAAGUUUAUCAGCACUACAGGCCAUGACCUUGGCCCUAAACAAAAUAUACCACAUACCAGACUAUGCCUUUGGAAACCUCUCCAGCUUAGUAGUUCUGCAUCUCCAUAACAAUAGAAUCCACUCCCUGGGAAAGAAAUGCUUUGAUGGACUCCACAGCCUAGAGACUUUAGACCUAAAUUACAAUACGCUUGAUGAAUUCCCUACUGCAAUCAGGACACUCUCCAACCUUAAAGAACUAGGAUUUCAUAGCAACAAUAUCAAGUCAAUACCUGAGAAAGCAUUUAUAGGCAACCCUUCUCUUAUUACAAUACAUUUCUAUGACAACCCCAUUCAACUUGUUGGAAAAUCAGCUUUUCAACAUUUACCUCAACUAAGGACAUUGACUUUGAAUGGUGCCUCGCAAAUAACUGAAUUUCCUGACUUAACUGGAACUGCCAGCUUGCAGAGUCUAACUUUAACCGGAGCUCAGAUCUCAUCUCUUCCUCAGACCGUCUGCGACCAGUUACCUAAUCUCCAAGUGCUAGAUCUCUCUUACAACCUGCUACAAGACUUACCCAGUUUUUCAGUCUGCCACAAACUCCAGAAAAUAGACCUCCGACAUAAUGAAAUCUACGAAAUAAAAGUUGACACUUUCCAGCAGUUACUUGGCCUCCGAAUACUGAAUUUAGCUUCAAACAAAAUAGCCAUCAUUCACGCCAAUGCAUUUUCUACUUUGCUAUCACUAAGAAAAUUGGACCUAUCAUCCAACCGCCUGUCGUCUUUUCCUGUAACUGGGUUACAUGGUUUAACUCACUUAAAAUUAACAGGAAAUCAUGCCUUACAGAGUUUGAUAUCAUCUGAAAACUUUCCAGAACUUAAGGUUAUUGAAAUGCCUUAUGCUUACCAGUGCUGUGCAUUUGGACUAUGUGAGAAUGUCUAUAAGAUUUCUAAUCAAUGGAAUAAAGGUGACAACAGCAGUACAGAUGACCUUCAUAGAAAAGAUGUUGGAAUGCUUCAAGUUCAGGAUGAGCGUGACCUUGAAGACAUCCUGCUUGACUUUGAGGAUGACCUGAAACCCCUUCAUUCAGUGCAGUGCUCACCUUCCCCAGGCCCCUUCAAACUAUGUGAGUACCUGUUUGGCAGCUGGCUGAUCAGAAUCGGAGUGUGGACCAUAGCAGUUCUGGCACUGACUUGUAACGCCCUGGUGGUGACUUUGACGGUGUUCCGAGCCCCUCUGUACCUUUCCUCCAUAAAACUGCUCAUCGGGUUAAUCGCAGGGGCCAACAUGCUCAUGGGGGUGUCCAGCGCGGUACUGGCUGGUGUGGAUGCUUUUACUUUUGGCAGCUUUGCACAACAUGGCGCAUGGUGGGAGCAGGGGGCUGGCUGCCAAGUCGUCGGGUUUUUGUCCAUUUUCGCUUCGGAGUCGUCUGUUUUCCUGCUCACCCUGGCAGCUCUGGAGCGCGGGUUCUCUGUGAAGUGCGCAGCAAAGUUUGAAACGAAAGCUCCUUUUUGCAGUCUGAAAGCCAUCAUCGUGCUGUGCGCGCUGCUCGCCCUGACCAUCGCCGUGGUGCCCCUGCUGGGCGGCAGUGAGUACAGCGCCUCCCCUCUCUGCCUCCCGCUGCCCUUUGGGGAGCCCAGCACCACCGGCUAUAUGGUGGCCCUGGUCUUGCUCAAUUCCCUCUGCUUCCUCGUGAUGACCAUUACGUACACCAAGCUCUACUGCAAUCUAGAGAAGGGAGACCUGGAAAAUGUUUGGGACUGUUCUAUGGUGAAGCACGUUGCUCUGUUGCUGUUCACCAACUGCAUUCUUUACUGCCCAGUAGCUUUCUUAUCCUUCUCUUCUUUGCUAAACCUCACGUUUAUCAGUCCUGAAGUAGUUAAGUUUAUCCUUCUGGUGGUUGUCCCACUUCCUGCAUGUCUCAACCCACUUCUCUACAUCCUCUUCAAUCCCCAUUUUAAAGAGGAUCUGGGAGGCUUAGGAAAACAAACCCACUUCUGGACGAGAUCAAAACACUCAAGCCUGAUGUCCAUUAAUUCUGAUGAUGUUGAGAAACAGUCCUGUGAUUCAACCCAAGCCUUGGUAACCUUCACCAGUGCGGGCAUAGCCUAUGACCUGCCAUCCAAUUCCGUGGCACCACCAGUUUACCCAAUGACCGAAAGCUGUCAUCUUUCUUCUGUGGCAUUUGUCCCAUGCCUCUAGCUAAUAUGCAACAGGAAAAAAAAAAAGUCUCUUUUUUCAAAAGCCGAAUACCCCAAAAAAUAUGAGACUGAGUACAUCAGAGCAGUCACACAAAUGAGCGAAGUCAAAAUUAGACUUCUUUAUUAUUUUAAUUGAAUCAUAUUUA